CCCUCAGCCAGGUCCGCCUCAACUAUAUCCGGGACCGCGCUUACCGUGGGGAGACGGCAACGACAGUGGAUACAGUGGAUCUCCCGAGGUUGACGAUGGUGGCAUAACAAUUCGUUGUCAGAGAGACUCGUUAUGUCUGUGCGGACCCAAGGAGUACAUGAGCAGUUGCCAACUACACGGCAUGAAACAGAAGCCUCCAAAUCAUACGGAUACCAUCACGCCAUUUCAACAAGCAUCUACUCUCCAACCCAACGUUUUCCCGCGAAUCCUGAAAGUUUCCAAAUUACGGCCUGCUCGUUCUGCGAAUGCUAAAGUAACUCCCGCCGGGUACCCAUGGGAGAUCUCGUCCAUAGCUUCCUCUGCCAGGAAGUACUUUCGGAGGAAGAUCUAUCACGCAGAGCCAAUAAGUAGAGCAUCGAUUACGGUUAAACAAUCAGAAACCUUACUCAAUGAGACUACUUCAGCAGAAGACAAUUAUAUCCAUGAUCAUACACCCACUAGUAUCUCACACAACAACCACAUGGCAAAUGAGCCAAACACUAGUGGUCAUGGUCCAUCCGAUCCCGGCUCGAACAUUCAAGAUACCACAAAGAUCGGAGUCCUUGAAUGGGUCGACGCAACGAAAGAUGCCUGCUCCUUCCCAUCUUCCACUCCUUCAGCGAUUCCGAGCGCAGGCAUUAGCGACACAAGCUCUUCAGCAGCUCCAGUGCAAGCUUUGAGUCCAAGAGAAAGCCCAGUUUCAUCUUCGAGGUCGCGGGUCCUCGAAUUUUGGAGCAUUUUGCAAGACUGUGACCAUGACUACAACGCGUACGAGUCAUCACAGGCCGACGAAAGCAUCGAGUGGUUUACUGACGACAAACAUUCGUUGCGAACAUCAACAACCGGGUCUGGCUCAAACGGUUCCUUGAACAGCUCUGCAACGUCGAACAGCACUCCAAUCGGACUGUUCAGCAGGAAUGCGCCGUCAAUCAACAAGAGAAGCCUAGAAAGAGAAGGUGACGAGGACGAAUUUCCCAACAGGAGGCCCAAUAGGGGACAAGGUGUUUACGUUCCAGACGCAUAUCAGGAUUCUAAUCAUCCCGGUCAGAUGUCUUGUCCAAUGCUUGAGUCACAUGACUGUCAAGGAACGAAUACGACAAUUUCAGAGCUAAUGCGAAGUCUCACGAAUCGUCAUCGCAUAGUCAUAUGCAAGGAAUGCUGCACGCGAUUACCCAUACCAGACGAGGAAAAGAGGCCAGUGACUAUACUGCAAAAACAUGCAUCGCAUGGCUGCGAACGGUACUGCAUCGGUAUUUCUUGCGCGAGUAGUGCCGACGACUCCACGACUUUACACCGUCGGACGGAAAGAUGUCCCUCUUGGGCGACGCUUACUAAGGAGGCGAGGUGGACGUUCAUAUGGAGAUUGGUGAAUCCCGAAGCAAAUCCGCCAGAACCAAAUUUCCUCCCGGGGCCUGCUUUCGAGCACAGCCAGAUGCGGAGGCCAUGCAAACAACAAGCUCGUGCUAGAGGCAAUGAGAUGUCUGCACAGCUCAUGCGAGAUAAAGAAAGACGCAUCAGUACACUAGAGAAUGACUUGACUACAGCUAAGACUGAGAACAUGCAGACACAGCAAAGAUGCAACGAGAAGAUAGUCAACCUGGAGAAUAUCAUCGAGAGUCUCUUAGAAAGGCUACAUGAGAACGGUAUCGGUUUACCAGGAUCAUUGCGAAAGCGAGUGCAGAACGAAUGUCCCGAAGUCAUGGCUGCAAUCCUUGCCAAAGAAUCGCAGAUUGUGCCUACGCUACCGACAUCAAUUUUUACGCCAAACCAUGGAUAUUAUCUAGGGUCAGGCGUGCCAUCGACAUGGGGGAACAUGCCUUGUCCACCAUCAGCAAUGCCCAAAAAACCUGCCACCUGGGGUGCGGUCUCUCAGCAAAUGGUUGGGCCGAACCCAGGCUACUACUUCCCAGAAUCCAGUGAGAAAGCUCCUACAACGAGCGUGACGUAUCCAACCAAUGCCUGCAUUCAAAAUUGGGAUACUAUGAGCCUAGAUCCUAGUGCCAUGCAUGCACAAGUCGGAAGACACAGCUCUUCCGAAACACCGGAGACUGUACAGCCGUAUGAGUGACUCAAAUAAGACUAUCGCGGCAGACCUUCUCAAUGCAUGCGAAGAGAAAAUCUUCGUUUCGUUCUCCCUCGGAUGUGUGUCAUCGAGAGUCGUUUCCUACCUCGGUAGACAUCACACGUCAUAUUUCAUUCGUCAUGUCGCUUCACUAGCGUUCUUACUGUGCAACAUUUGAGUAUCUCUUACUCGACUGCGACUUCGAAUAGUUUCUACCACAGCUGCAAACUUAUCUUUCAUGUUUCUCGCAGGGUUUUCCUGGCAAAAACAUUCUAAAUGCCAUGGGUCUUAGCUAGCUCUUCGUCUACUACAAACAACAUCUU